AUGAUGAUCCAUGAGUACUCCACCAUCCGCUCAACCGGAGAACUGGAAGCAUCCCGCGAUUUCCAAGUCACGUCUAGCGGAGCCAGUCUUAUCUGGCCCAUCCAGAAUCUGCGGUCAGAAGGGCCGAUCCCGUCAUCUUUAGUUCAUGCCGACAGGGCCUUUGGUCCGGCCACACACGGUAGACCCGAAAAGGUCGCUCAACUCAACCAUCUUUCUUUUGUCCUCAACACCCGUCAAGUUCGUCCGCCCUGUUUGCACAGUCCACAAGUCGGCCGACUGAGUUCUUUCAGUCGAACCAUGUCUUUCGCGGAUAAUCGUCUUCCCUUAUCUCUUCCGGAAGGACUCAGCUUCAAAGUCGAGCAUCAAGUCAGACCGACGCUUGGACGACCACCUUUGCUGAUAGAGGCUGACGACCUUGCAAAGGGGUACGAACGCAAAACAAUCUCCAUCCCGGUCACUCAAGUUAUUGGCUUCGGGUUGCAACAGCAGUUUGUGCGCAAUUCGAGCAACAUUUCACAAAGUUUGCUACUCAAACCCAGUGAACUCGGCCACUCGCCUCGCACUCGUGUCUCUCCGUCCGACUCUUCGUUUCGCCCCAACGGCCUGCCAGAAUUCCGGCCACAACUUGCGGUGCCCCUUCCGCGACUCGACAAGAGGCAAGCCGAAGUCCCUCCUAGGCCCUACCGGGCGCGCGCCCGUCCCGAGAGGUCGUAUUGCCCAACACCUCAGAUGCAUCAGGUCUACACAAAGACGUCCUUGCCUCUGUCAACAAAGCCAACUGUUUCACUGACCUCUUCGCUGAUGACCAACAUAUCAGCAGAACUCACCCUUGGGGCGUCAACGGCACCAGUGACACUUCCAGACUGA